UGGAAAAGCUACCUGUCAUCCUUGGCCCUUUUUGUUAUUGAAUGGACUGAAUGUCAAGAAAACAUUACGGUAGAAUAUUAUAAACAAAAACAUACCGGGUUUCGUGGCUUAUUUUGAUCCAUAUCAUAGCUAUGGAUGACGUUGCUACAUUGAAGAACGAGAAUGCCAAUUUGCGCAAAAUUCAGGCGAGGCUGCUGCAAUGGGAACAGAAGGACAACCCUUUGGCGCCGCUGAGUUCGACUCAAAAUGAGUUUAUUAACCAACUAGCAGAAACUCUUGGUGCAACAACAAUGAAAACCAGUCUUGAGUUUAAUGAAGUGGGAUUUGAAGUGAAAUCAUCGCUUGAUGACUUCAAAAACUCGACGAGUACAAUUGACUCCACCCAAGAUUUUUUGUCAUGGUAUAAUGCAGUAGACGGUGAAAUCUUGAGACAUUUCGAUGAUGUUUAUCUGGAUUACUACGACCAACUGGAAGCGCGGUCGAUCGAGUGCGACAAACUGCUCGAGGAGAUAGAUUCGUUGUUGGACGCACUAAAGAAGCUCACCAACGAGUACAAUUUUGUGUCGGAGAAAACAUCCUCGUUGCAUCAGGCUAGCGAAAAUCUUCUUCAGGAUCAGAACAAAUUGAACGAGAUCGGGAAGGAUAUUCGGAAGCGAUUGAAGUACUUCACCCAAGCGGAAAGUAUAUUCCAGCGGUUGCAAAAUCCGACCUUUUCCGUUUCGAACGAUACGUUCGUUGAUAUUUUGAACACAAUCGACGAUUGUUUGGAAUAUAUGCGCGUUAAUCCUAGCUUCAGUGAAGCCACUGCAUACACAACUAAAUAUCGCAACUGUCUAUCGAAGGCGACUCAAAUGAUGACGAACUACGUUAUCAAUAUAUUGGCGAAUGCGACCGCGCAAAUUAUGUUACCGCGGACGGUUGGCUCUAAGGAACCGGUUGGGCAGGGUUCGGAUGCGGCGUUCGCAUUAUUUUAUGGGAAAUUUCAGGCUUCAGCCCCUAAAGUCAAACGAAUAACGGCCACAAUCGAGAGUCGCCUGGAUCGCAGUGUGGAAUAUGAGCAACUGCUAGCCACAUUACAUCAGCAUUUUUUGGCACAGCGAGCUACGAUUGUGAGUUCCGACGUCGAACAAGCGAUUCGGGACCUCAGCAAGAAGCAUAAAGAUGAUCACUGUGCAUUGGUUCGAUCGGCGUGUGCUUUCAUGGUGCACGUUUGUCAGGAUGAGCAUCGGUUGUUUUAUCAAUUCUUCACCAAGCCAAGCGUGCAGCUCACAGCAUAUAUGGAGGGACUGUGUACCAUUCUGUACGACACGUUGCGGCCAUUUAUCAUUCGAAUCGAUCAUCUCGAGACACUGGCCGAAAUCUGCAGUAUUCUGCGAGUGGAAAUGCUAGACGAGCAUGUGAACUACAAUCCGGAACCCCUCGAGGCUUUCGCGAAGAUCGUCUAUCAGUUGCUUCAGGACGUCCAGGAGCGUAUCGGUUUCCGAGCGCAGAGCUACUUGGAAUCGGACAUCCUGAACUAUCGUCCUUCGGCGGGUGAUCUUGCCUACCCCGAGAAGCUGGAAAUGAUGGAGAGCAUUGCGCUUUCGCUGCAAGAAAACUUCCUGAGGCGGGCCGACUCGCGCAGUUCGAUUGUUUCAAUGGCCUCCUUGGCUUCCCAAGAGGUGGAAAGUAUCAACCAGCAAGCCGAGUUGGUAGCUAAAUCCCGAGCUGGCAAUUCCCCGGCUGACUUGCACGGAAUGUGGUACCCCACAGUGCGCAGAACACUGGUGUGUCUAUCACGGUUAUAUCGCUGUAUCGAUAGGGUGAUUUUUCAAAGUCUGUCCCAGCAGGCAUUAACGUAUUGCAUUCAAAGUGUUUCCAGUGCCGCCGCCCAGAUUAGUCAAAAGAAAAACAGUAUCGACGGGGCGCUGUUUGAAAUUAAGCAUCUGCUUAUUUUGCGAGAGCAAAUUGCGCCCUUUCGGGUGGAUUUCACUGUUAAAGAAACUAGUUUGGAUUUCAGCAAAGUGAAAACCGCUGCCUUCGAGUUGCUACAGAAGAGGAAGCAACUUUUCGCGCUUGGCUCUAAUAAUGCGCUGUUGGAGUUUCUGCUUGAUGGAACUCCACAGGUUAGAGAACAAUUGUUGGAUUCGCGAAAAGACGUUGAUCGUCAGUUAAAGACCGUUUGCGAAAUAUUCAUCAGGGACGCUACUCGACAGCUGGUGGGUCCCAUUCUGACCUUUAUCGACACGGCCCAGAACCAUUUGAAGCAAAGUACCGUUUCCGGUUCAGAUGGAGCGAAACAGCAGCAAGGUCUGGCACUAAGAAUGGCACCUUUCGCCGCUCCGCAGCAAAUCAGCUCCAUCAUUCAGGAAAGUAUACGGAAUAUCAAAACGAAACUUGGUGGGCUGCAGCGGUCGAUGCAGCUCUAUUUGGCUAACAAGGACACGGAGUUCAUUCUGUUCCGGCCAAUAAGGAACAAUAUAAUUGGGUCAUUCGUUAAGCUGGAACAACUCCUAACGACCAAUUCCUUUAGCAAGGAUGAUCUAAUAAUCGUAAGCUGCCCAUCGGCCGAACAGAUAUCAGUAUUGCUUUCCAAUGUUAAUUUGAGUGGUUCUGGUGAAGCUGUCGGGAAAACACUGGAUGCUCAACGUAAAACUAGUUCCUCUUCGAUGAGUAGUGGAGGAGCAGCUCCGAUUAAACCUCAAGUGGAGAAAAAAGUAAGUUUUGACAGUGAAGCCAACACAAUUGUGCAAAUAGAUUCAGCAUCCGAGGAGGGUGGCACGAGUGAAGCUACCGUAGUCGAAAAUUGAAAUGAAAACUUGUUAUUAUCAGACAUACGCAAUUAUAAAAUAAAUAUUUUGUUA